AUGAAUCUUUUCAACGAGCGGGAUAUGCAGAAUUGCAGCCUGUCUUGCGAUCAAUUAAAUAUGUUCGACUGGACAGAUGCUGGCAUCGUUGACUCAUUGACAGCGCUUACGACACUGUCAAUAAGCCUCACGGAUAGAAUAUUUGCGUUUGAUGAAGAUGAAGAGAUAGACGAAGAUUUCAGCGAUUGUGGUUCAGAAGACGAAGAAGCCAACCGACAACCAACGCAGAGGGACGCAGAGAUCAUGGCAGAACCUCGCGAAGAGAGCAACUUCAGCGGUCUGGCGAACUUAAUUGCUGCCUGUCCCCGUCUUGAUGACUUUGAGCUACAUUACUUAUCGAUUAUGUGGCCAAAGAGGCGCCUGUUUGAUAACUUCCCACGUCAAGACAUACUUCGGCAUGUGGCUGGACUCGAUAAUCCGCCUGUCUUGGGACGAUGCAGAAUACGGGGAGCCACUGUAAAAGAAAUGGACUUGCUUAACUUUAUUCACCGGUCGAGGGUCGCGGAGGCAUCCAUUGAGGUAGUAAGUCUAGAAAAAGGGACUCUUCGACCCGUCAUCGAUUACUGCAUCAGUGAGUCGGCGAGUGUUACCAAGCUCCAUAUUGACACCGUGUUUGAGAAGAGCGAGGAAGGGUAUACUGGAUUGGUUCAUUUUCUCGAGGAGGGAAAGUCUAGAAAAUAUGGGGGCAAGUUCGAGGUCGGUACUGAAAUCUUGAACCGUGAAGGCGACAACAGGACAACGCCCGUCACCUACUAUGUCCGCCGCCCGGUUGCAGAAGGAAACCCGACUAUAUCUGAAUGGAAUACACUUCGGAGAGAAGAGUAUGGAUAUUGA